AAGUAAGGAUAAGUUUUUAAUUUGCUGCACAUUUCCUUCCACUGAAGGUCAACCAGAAGAUGGGGGUUGUCACCUACCUUUGCCUUUUUGGUUUCCUGGUCUCCUAUUCAUUCCCAGGAGUAAAGGCCAGAUCCUGUCCCAGGAAUUGGCUGAAAGCCCAGGGCAGCUGCUAUGCAUAUUUUGACUCUCAGAAAACUUGGUCUGAAGCUGAGAAUGAGUGCGUGAGCUUUGGCUGUGGGACCCGUCUUGCCUCCAUCCUCAAUGAGAAAGAGUCAGUUGUGGUGGCCAAUUACAUCUCUGCAAACCAGAAAAAGGAAAGUGAGGUUUGGAUUGGGCUGCAUGAUCCCACUGAGAAAGGGCAUUGGAAGUGGUCGGAUGACGAGAUCUACAAUUACAAAGGCUGGGAUUUUAAUCGCCCAGACAACUACAACAAUGAAGAAUAUUGUGUGCAUCUGCUAAAGGAGACAGGUUUUAAGAAGUGGAAUGAUGUAAAAUGCAACAACACAUACGCCUUCAUCUGCAAGCAAUAACUCUAAAGGAGACUUCCCUUCUCCACUGUGUUGGCUGGGAAGCUGCCUUGACAUUAUAUGUAUUUCUGCUCUCUCUCAUCACUUUCAAAAUAGCCAUUGCUAUAGAGAUGCCUCUUCAAUUUCCCCCUUCCCUUUGAAAUUUUCUUGGACCU